AUGGAUGCAGCUAGUUGUGGGCCCUCAAGUGCCAUACAAAACUUGAAUAAACAUACUCAAAGGGAUACUUCCUUGCAACAUCAGAGACUAAGUAACCAACCACAACAACAAGGCGUUCAUCAAUUUCGUCAAGGUCAAGCUGUAGAUCAACAGUUGAAUCAGGAGUUUCACAGAUUCAAUAGUGGCGGUGCGGGCCAUGAUUUUGCCACUCUGUUUAUAGACCAGAAUCGACCCCAGUUUCAACAUCGUGUUCAAAAUGCACCACAACCCCAACAACAGCAACAACAAGGUUGGGUUAACGAUUUUUCCGGUUUGAGUAUUGAGCAAAGUCAGCAGCCACAGGUACAGAGCAACUGGCUGAAGCAGUUUAUACAAGGUGGACCACUUCAGCAGCAACAGCAACAGUAUCAACAUCCCACUCAACAACAACCAAUGAUGCGUAGUCAAAUUCCAAACUACGCUCUAGGCACCUUUCAGAAUAGACUAAGCAUGAAUGCGGUAAAUGCGGCUCCACAAUUCAGCCAACAGUCAGAGCAUCAGCAAGUACACAAGUUGGAGGCAGAACACCAAGAAAUGCUAGAAAACGAAUUUGACCGUAUUGAAAAAGAGUUGGACGCACAACAAGAUUCUCAAACAAGUGAAGCGAAUCUAGCAGAAUCUGCCGAUAAAACUCUACAAGAUCAUGAUAGAGAUUUGUUUGCUGAAACAGCACGCUCGGUUGAAAAUUCAAUGAAUAGGUUAAAUACAAAUGAUGCAGCUAUGGCGGAGAAAUUUAAGGAGUCUAAUUUUUUGAAUUUGAUGCAUUCCAUUGCCAACAAAGAGACUGUGUUGGGAGAUAAUGAGUUUAAAUCACAAGAAAACGUUUCUACAGACGCCGAAGCAACAGCUGAAAAUGUAGCUAGCAAUUCACAAAGUUCAGAUUAUAUUCAACCAAUGUACCGCCCUGAACAGCAGGUGAACCAGAUAAAUUCAUUAGAUAUGAACCUGGAUGAGUUUUCAAAUGAAACGAUUCCAAAUUAUCCUUUCCCACCACAAGCAAUAUCACAAAAGCAAAAGAGGAUGCAACGGCGAGAACAACAGCCACCACAAGAAACACAUAACAAGCUUCCUGAUCCUCUCGCACACAUUGGUGAUCAAUUAGAUGGUAUAACCGACCCAUUAACCGCUGCGAGAAUUAUAAGUGGUGGACAAGUGAAAGGUAGAGACUGGGAAGAUGAUGAUGAUUGGUUGUCAGAAGACGUUUCUUGGAGAAAAGGUCAAGUUGUCGACCAUCAAAGAGAUGAAAUGUAUGGUAAGAGACGUGAUGGUAAUAUGCAUGUGCGGUUUACUCAACGAUAG